AUGCUGAUCCCCCGCCGAGAGACUCUCGCGGAGUUCACCUACGGGUUAAAACUAAGAUGGAAUGAAUUUAUGAUGGUGCUUUACCCUUCUCGGGCCACUUCGAGUCGCAUCAGGUUGUUUCAGAAGGACAUGGACGAACGCAUUGCAAUACUGCAAAGGAUCCAUGGCCUGAAACACAGCGUCGAGGUCUACCAGGAUAAUUUGUUUCCAGACGAUACAUGUUCUCUACCCCAGACCGCAAAGCAGAUGGAUAUGGAUGGACACAGUGCAACGCCGCAAAGGGUCCAUGAUGCAAACAAAAACGCCGAGGCUUACGGGUUCGACCUGCUUCCAGAGCUUGAUUGUACUCCACCCCAGGACCAGCCCCCAGAGAAGGUGGAUACGCUGCCAGAUUACACGGCCGAUGAAUAUACUGAAGCACACCGACAGCAAGAUAUUUGGGAGGCACGCGAGGAAUAUCAACAAAUACGCCGCAGGUUGGUUAAAACAUGGUCUGAAAUGCCCAAAAAUGCUGUCUCAAGAUACUUUGGGCUACGCGAAAACCAUAGGGACAUAAACGGGCUUACUGAUUUAUGGUACGAAGGGAGAGCUGAUUGCAGUCAAGGUGGCGGUUGCUGUGGGCGUAACUGCGGAUGCUGCGAGAAACCCCUCGACCAGUACUAUCUGCCAAAUGGGUACGGGGCCACAAGGGACAGGGAGCUGAUUCGAAUAGUUGGCCACUGCACAGCUGAAUGUACUUGCUGUGUCAUGACACACGGUGUCUACAAUCCAGACGAACGCCUUCCCGACCCAAGAUUUGUUUGUUAA